GAAUCGACGACAUGGAGUUGUGCAGCGCUGCAUGCAGUGCAUCCACGGGUGCUGCGCGCUGGCAGCGUGGUACCAGCGUGUACGCGUAUGGUGCUGGCCGGCGCCUGCUGAUUGUCGACACACAGGAGGCCCGAGAACCUCGCGUCGUCGCAGCUCUGCUGGGCCACACCGAUCGCAUCAACUGUGUGGCCUGGUUGCCAAAUACAGACAUUGUUUUGAGUGGCGCCACCGACGCCACCCUACGAAUCUGGGCCAAGAAUCCGGAUACGGAAUUGUACGGCUGUAUCGCAGUUCUUGAAGGCCAUACACGCUCCGUUGUGGCCGUCACCGCCCUGCAGCUUCACGAUGGCAGCCAUCUAGUGGCUAGCGCCUCAGCCGAUCAUACCGUGCGACUGUGGCAUGGUGCUUCAUCAUCCUCAUGGGCCCCCGUGCAGACAAUUGAGUGUGGCCGUCACUUUGCCCUGUGCCUCGCGCUUGACUAUCUGCCCGGCGAAACCUCAGCUGUCAUCUUGGCUGCCGGUCUCUCCAAUGCCAAGUUGCAUCUCUAUGCAGGAGCGACGCCCACCGCUGACAACACGUUCAACUUGGCAGAGGUGGACAUUGUGGCUGGACACGAUGACUGGAUUCGGGCCCUGGCCUUCACACGGCGUGGCGAUGAAUUGCUCUUGGCCAGCGGCGCUCAAGAUAGCUACAUUCGCCUCUGGAGCAUCGCCACGACCCAGAGCACAAUGCUUGUCAAUCAAGACGACUUUAAUGCCUUGCUCGAGUCCUCGGAACGCCGUUUUACCGUUGCUGAACAACUGACCUUUCGCCUGCGCCUCGAGGCAUUGCUGAUCGGACACGAUGGGCAAGUCUAUGGCCUGGAUUGGUCUUACGCCUCUGAUGAGGACAUAACGCUCCUUUCUGCCAGCGCCGACAAGACCAUGAUGCUCUGGAAAUACGACAAGAAGGCUGAUGUCUGGUUGGACGAAGCCCGGCUGGGAGAAGUGGGUGGCAACACCUUGGGCUUCUUUGGGUGCUGCUUUGGUGCCAACGACAACGAAGUGCUUAGUCAUGGCUAUCAAGGCGCUUUUCACUUUUGGCGACGCUCAGAAACCGGAAAGGCUUGGCAACCACAAACUGUGCUGAGUGGUCAUUUUGCCGCGGUACGAGAUGUGGCGUGGUCUCCCGACGGCCGCUUUGUCUUGAGUGUUAGUGAGGAUCAAUCCGUGCGCCUCUUUGCACAAGCGACUGGCCAUGCCGGCUGGCAUGAGCUUGCUCGACCCCAGGUACACGGCUACAACAUGCGCUGUUUGGCCUUCACUGGCGACCUUGCCUUUGUCUCGGGCGCCGACGAGAAGGUAUUGCGGGCGUUUGAGGCACCAGCCACGUUUGUGUCUAGCUUUGCCAACGUCAACGGACAUCAGUAUCCCGAGCGGGCCGAACGGCCGUUUGGCGCCAGUGUUCCAGCCUUGGGCCUGUCCAACAAGGCCAUUUCGUCCGACGAACAUAAUGCCACUGUUCAGGAGGAACAGCUGGGCUAUCGUGCAACACCCCCAUUGGAAGAAGACUUGAUCCAAAAUACACUUUGGCCAGAGAGCGCGAAGCUGUACGGUCAUGGCUACGAAAUUCUGGCCGUGGGCGCUGCAAGGACGCAGCGUGUGCUCGCUACCACGUGCAAGUUGGGUCGCUUGGCGGGACACACGCUCAGCGUCGUCAAGUUGGCUUUUAGCCAUAACGAGGCAUAUCUUGCCUCGGUGUCGCGUGAUCGCUCCAUUUGCCUACAUCGCCGCACACCCGACGCUGAGCAGCCAUACGGUGACACCAAUGUUUUUCCCAAAGCCCACGACCGCAUCAUCUGGUUUGUGCAAAUCGAUCAAGGUUUGGUUGGCUGCCGACGGCCAGCUGACACUUGCAACUGCAUUGCGCAAGCUACACAGCAGCGUCACCUCGGUUGCCUGUCAUCGACGUCCGACUACCUCUGCUGCGCCAUGAAGUUGCUGAAACCACAUCGAGCUGCCAGACAGACCAAAGCAACCCAUGAGGUGCAACAGUUGAACAUGAUUAACAUGUCAAUCGCAGGAACACACCUCGACCACCUCACGAGCACAAACAAACGAUUCAUGUUUGACACGGCAGAGGCACGACCGCGUGCUCUCUCUCUCUCUCUCUCAAACUCUCUCUCUCAAACUCUCUCUCUCUCUCUCAAACUCUUUUUCCAACGCACGACGGGAGGCUGGUGA